AUGGAUAUCCGCUCCUUUUUCGGUGGCAUUAAGAAGGCCGCUCCUGCAGCUCCGGAGGAGCCGGAAAGACCGUCUGAGCGUGCCUUUACUGGCGAGCUUAAGACCACCAUCCGCCGGUCUAUAGACGAAUCGGCCGUGUCCCAUGGAGUUAAACAGGGCGAUACGAAUUCAGUAGUCGCCAGUGUUAAACGCGAGGGCGAUGAAGACGACGAAGUUGCCAUCGGCGGUAGGCGUAAGCGGUUGAAGAGGCUGGUCGACUCUGACGACGACUCGGAUGGGCUUCUCGACCAGCCAGGCGUCACCGCUGCACAGCCACAGAAAGAAAGCGGUGCUACUGUGCGUACAUAUCUGAAGGAUGAGCAAGGGGGAGCCGCAUUUUCUCCCGCUGAGGGUAUAGGCAAGACAAGCGACGUGCAGCUGGACAUUGACUGCUACACAACGAGCGGUAAAAACUUGGUUAACCUGUCAGAGAAGGUGACAAAGGCAAGAAAGCCUAGCAUCGACUUGGACAGCUAUCUUUGUUCCGUCGGCGUAGGUGAUCCAGCGGGAAAAGCGUCUCCCAUAUCUAUGUUUACCUCUCCCGUCAGAAGUGAACGGGCGAAGCAAUCACCUAAGCGUGAAUUGAGUAAAACUGCGGAUGUUAAAUCAGAAAUAACGACUCAAACUGCUCUUACCAAGCCCGUACCUGAGAAAGUGGAGCGCACGCUGUCUGCCAGUCACGGUGCUGCCGACCUCUUCGGCGACGAUGAAGUGCUUCCAUCGUCGGCCAAUUCAUCCGCAGCAACUUCUCCGGUACGAAGUGGCAAGAGGAAUGCUACUCUAGAUGCACGAAUUCCUGAGGGUGAGGUGGACGGUAUGCGGUUCGUUUUCACCGGGGUCUUGGAAGCCAUCGAUCGUGAUUCAGUCCUGCAACUCGUGCGCAAGCUUGGAGGCAUUCCCGUCACUGGUGUUAGCGGUAAAACUAACUAUUUGGUGUGCGGUGAAAAGCUUGAGGACGGCCGCCACUAUAAAACGGGUACCAAAUACAAGAAGGCCGUUGAACUCAACAAGCAACAACGCGCGGAUAUACGCAUAUUGAAUGAAGCUCAAUUUUUGGAAUUGAUUGACUAUGACAAAGUGUGCAACAGCAUGGCCGAAUCAAUGAAAUCUGAAGCCACUAAGCAGAACAUGCCCUCCGCUCCCCUAACGAAAGCGGGAGCUGAGUCCGGACACAAGCUUCCGUUCUGUGAGAAGUACCGCCCAUCACGCCUCAGCGACUUGGCUGGCAACGAGAAUAACAUUCGCAAGGUAGUUGAGUGGCUGCAGUCAUGGUCGCCUGGUUCUGGGCCCGCCUGCGCAUUACUGUCGGGCCCGCCGGGCGUUGGCAAGACCACCACCGCGAAAUUGGUGGCUGCAGAAUGCGGCUACGAAUGCGUCGAGUUUAAUGCGUCUGACCUGCGCAACAAAUCCGCCGUCGAAAAGAUAUCUAUGCUUGCUACAGGAGGCCAAUCGUUUUCCUUCACUGGGCAGUGCGAGAUGAAGCGCACGCUCGUGCUGCUAGACGAGGUUGAUGGUAUGGGCGCUGGCGACCGUGGUGGCCUGCAGGCAGUCGCAGCCCUGUUACCGCGUUCGCGUUGCCCCAUGAUUUGCAUUUGCAACGACCGUCACAACCAAAAAAUGACCACCCUGGGCAACAAGAGUUUGGACGUUCGUUUUUCGUCUCCCACGCUCGCACAGUUCCGCAACCGUAUGAAACUCAUUUGCGAUGCUGAAGGAGUUACAGUCCCAGCAGAUACUGUCGCUCAGUUGUACGAGCAGGGUGGUGGCGACUUCCGGCACGCUUUGAACGCCAUCGAAUUUAACACGCUACACGAGGCCGGCGGGAGCCAGCGGUCGUCGAAUGUUGGCGAUGCCAAAGACAUCGGCCAUACCAAAAACCUGUUCGACGCUGCUGGGCGCCUGUUCAACGUCCGUGCUACGGAAUUCGAAACUAGGGUGCGCGAUAUGGAGCAGUACUUCUUCAUCGACUACAACAUGAUGCCGCUUAUGAUACAGGAGAACUACUUGAAGUAUCUCCCCCCUCACCGAGGCUCCCUCCCUAUCCUCCAGAAAUUGUCGCGCACGUUCGUUGAAGCGGACAUUGUGGAGGAAUUCCUGAAACGCGUGAUGUUGUCUAGCGUUUUACCAGCGAUGGCCAUAGUGUCAUCUGGUGGCACAUGCCGUGAGCGUCUGAUGUUCCCGCAGUUUUUGGGCCGCUUCUCCACCACGACCAAGAAUAGGAAUUUCUUGAGCGAGAUCGGGAAGCAUUUGGGCCCGCGUUCUCUCGUGCGUUCCCACCCCCUUGUGACGGAAGGAUAUCUGAACAUAAUUUACACCAGGAUCAUGAAAGAGCUAGCUACGGGUGACAUUGACGCAACCGCCGCUCUGAUCGAGUCUUACGGUCUCAACCGCGAUCUGGUGGUGGAUGCGCUGUGCUCCCUGAGAUUGAAGUCGCAGGAAAACCUAUACGAAAAGGUCGAAACCCGUAAGAAAACAGCGUUGACCAAGCGCCUCAACGAGCUAAGCGUAAAGGUGGCACCCAUGAAACGCAAGAAGGAGACGGUCGAUCGCAUUGUCGACGAGGAUGAGGCGGAGCCCCCCGUAGAGUCGGAUGCCGAAUCCUCCGCAAGCGAAGGCAAACUUGUCAAAAAGAAUCAGAAGCCCGCGAAGAAGCGUGCUACUGCCAAAGCCGCCCCUCGCGGCAAGAAGUGA